UUCUGCUGUGGUAGAACUUCGGAAAUGCACGGGACAGCUCACUCAUUCUCUCUCGUUGCCCGGCUGUGGGGUUGCAGGCUGGUUGGCAUGCUUUCCCACCCAGUAAACCCAGGGAAGAAUUUGGGCAUCGUGAGAACCGUAGCGAGUAUUGUGUCUGGAGUUAAGACUUCAGCCCAAGUCCGAGAACGGUUGAAGAAUGAAGUGGUUCAGAUGAAGGAACAGGCUCCAGGCUUUCGGCCUGGGCUGGCAAUUCUGCAGGUUGGAGACCGAGAUGAUUCAAACCUCUACAUCAGUAUGAAGCUGAAGGCUGCAGCUGAGAUUGGGAUGAACGCCAACCAUGUGAAACUGCCAAAAACGGCCACUGAGGAUGAGGUGCUGAGGAACAUCACGCACAUUAAUGAGGAUCCCAAUGUCCAUGGUUUGAUUGUUCAGCUGCCAUUGGAUUCCGUCAACCCAAUUGAUGUUGAGAAAGUAACGAAUGCAGUUGCCCCUGAGAAGGAUGUUGAUGGAUUAACCAGCAUUAAUGCAGGGAAACUGGCUCGUGGAGACCUGGGUGACUGCUUCAUCCCCUGUACUCCCAAUGGCUGUCUGGAGCUAAUUAAACACACAGGAGUGAAGCUGGCUGGCUCUCGAGCUGUCGUUAUUGGAAGGAGCAAGAUAGUUGGUGCCCCCAUGCGGGACCUCCUGGUAUCAAACCACGCCACUGUAACCACCUGCCAUUCGAAGACGGCUGACCUGCCGGGGGAGAUUGGGAGAGCUGACAUUUUGGUGGUUGGAGCUGGCAAAGCUGAGAUGGUGAAAGGAAACUGGAUCAAACCGGGUGCUGUCGUCAUCGAUUGUGGCAUCAACUACAUUCCCGACAGCACCAAGCCGAGUGGGAAGCGUGUGGUUGGUGACGUGGCUUACAAUGAAGCCAAAGAAGUGGCUUCGUACAUCACCCCGGUGCCUGGCGGAGUGGGGCCGAUGACUGUCUGUAUGCUUAUGGCAAACACUGUCGAGGGGGCAAAACGCUAUUUGAAGAACUGCAAGCCAGGAAAGUGGCCUAUCCAAUACACAAAGCUUAAACUUGUGGAGCCGGUGCCCAGUGACAUUGUGAUUUCACGGUCUUGCACACCAAAGCACAUCAGCCGCAUGGCCAAGGAAGUUGGUUUGCUAUCCGAUGAAGUGGAGCUGUACGGCAAAUCGAAGGCAAAGGUGCUACUGACCACAAUCGACCGGCUGAAGGACCAACCAGACGGGAAAUACGUUGUUGUCACAGGCAUCACCCCCACACCCCUGGGUGAAGGCAAGAGCACCACCACGAUCGGCCUGGCUCAGGCUAUUGGAGCUCACCUGGACAUCAAUGUUUUUGCUUGUGUUCGGCAACCUUCGCAAGGCCCCACCUUUGGGAUCAAAGGUGGAGCAGCAGGUGGUGGAUAUUCCCAGGUUAUCCCAAUGGAAGAGUUCAAUCUCCACCUGACGGGCGAUAUCCAUGCCAUCACUGCUGCCAACAACCUGGUCGCUGCUGCUAUUGACGCUCGCAUGUUCCAUGAGGCCACGCAAUCUGACAAGGCACUGUACGACCGUCUGGUACCUUCCAAUAAAGGAGUUCGGGCAUUCAGCCAGAUUCAGCUCAGGAGAUUGCAGAAACUUGGAAUUAACAAAACUGAGCCCACUGCACUGACUGAAGAAGAAAUACAUCGCUUUGUGAGGCUGGAUAUUGAACCUGAUACGAUCACAUGGCAGCGAGUGAUGGAUACUAACGACAGGUUCCUGAGGAAGAUAACGAUCGGCCAGUCCAGUACUGAGAAGGGAUAUACCAGAACAGCACAGUUUGACAUCACAGUGGCGAGUGAGAUAAUGGCGGUGCUGGCCCUGACUGACAGUUUGAAGGACAUGAGGGCACGGCUGGGGAAGAUGGUGGUCGCUUCCAAUAAGAAAGGAGAGCCAGUCACCACCGAUGAUUUGGGUAUCAGUGGAGCUCUGGCUGUUCUGAUGAAGGAUGCCAUUAAACCCAAUCUCAUGCAGACAUUGGAGGGGACCCCAGUGUUUGUUCAUGCUGGACCCUUUGCUAACAUCGCUCAUGGCAACUCCUCCAUCCUGGCUGACAAAAUAGCUCUCAAACUGGUUGGACCUGCUGGUUUUGUAGUGACGGAGGCUGGAUUCGGUGCGGACAUUGGGAUGGAGAAGUUCUUCAACAUUAAGUGCAGGUCCUCUGGACUGUGUCCCCAUGUGGUUGUGCUGGUUGCCACAGUGAGGGCUCUGAAAAUGCAUGGAGGUGGCCCCACGGUGACAGCAGGUGUUCCCCUACCAAAGGAAUACAUCGAAGAGAACCUGGAUUUGUUGGAGAAGGGCUGCAGUAAUCUCCGUAAACAGAUCGAGAACGCAAACCUGUUUGGAGUUUCGGUGGUGGUUGCAGUCAACGCCUUCAAAACAGAUACCGAGGCUGAGCUUGAGCUGGUAUGCAGCUUGGCCAAGGAGAUGGGUGCGUUUGAUGCUGUGAAAUGUACUCACUGGGCCGAAGGAGGGCGAGGAGCUGUCGAGCUGGCCCGAGCUGUACAGAGAGCCUCUGAGCUGGACAGCAACUUCAAAUACCUGUACCCUCUGGAGCUCCCCAUUGUUGACAAAAUCCGAACCAUCGCCCAGAAAAUUUACGGUGCUGCUGAUGUGGAGCUGAGCCCUGAGGCACAGAACAAAGUGGAGCUUUACACCAAACAGGGAUUUGCUGACCUGCCCAUCUGCAUGGCCAAGACUCAUCUGUCCUUAUCCCACAUGCCAGAGAAGAAGGGAGCUCCCACGGGAUUUAUUCUGCCAAUCCGGGACAUCCGGGCCAGUGUUGGUGCAGGAUUCCUGUACCCACUAGUGGGCACGAUGAGCACCAUGCCAGGAUUGCCAACCAGACCCUGCUUUUAUGACAUUGACUUGGACCCAGAAACAGAAGAAGUGAACGGACUCUUCUAACCACUGAAUGAUAGUCUGAAAAAGGUUGAAAUUAUCCAAAGGUGCAGAGAGCUCCUGCAAGACUGGAAGCCAGGUGGUUUGUUUGACUGAGAACCUCCAUGUGGUUAGAGCCAUGUAGCAAUACUGAUUCUGCCUUACCAUAUUGUGCCUGAUUGAUGGUAUGCAAGUACAGUCAAUAGCAGAAAUUAUAAAGCACACACUGACAAUCAAAAAUUCAUACUGCUGUCACAACUUCUCAAAGUCUAAAUAAAUAAUGAGUGUGACAGCUUUCCCCUA